AUUUUACAGCACUGCUUGAUAAAUUUGAUGGUCACACUGAUUCCUACUAUUGAUUGAAACAAAAAUUUACGCAAAUAUAACAGGAAUUUUUUUAUUCCAAUGAAAAGUAAAGCAUAAAAUCCAUUGUGAAAAAUUGUGGGGUGGUGGGAGCAAAAGCAGUAGCAAACGGAUACGAUACUCAAUAGGCCAUAGUAAAGAGAGCGAAAGGCAAGAGCAUGACAUGUAUUUGAUGUGUACUCAGCAGCGGCCGAAGAGAGCGCACUAAGCACACGCACACAACUAUACACACUUGUGUGGGAGUCGCAAGAAAUAUAUACACAUACGGAAGGAAACUGGGAUACAACACCGAAAAAAAGGAAAGGACGGACGGAAGGAAGGAAGGAAGGAAGAACAGAACCUGUGCGUAAAUUAGAAUAAAUCGCGAAUCGCAACGAAAUGAAUCCAGCGGUGGAUGCGUGGGCGGUGACCCAGCGGGAGAAGCUCAAGUACCAGGAGCAGUUCAAAGGCCUCCAGCCCCAAGCGGGUUUCAUCACGGGCGCCCAGGCGAAGGGAUUCUUCCUGCAGUCUCAGCUACCGCCGUUGAUCUUGGGCCAAAUCUGGGCACUGGCCGAUGUUGAUUCCGAUGGCAAGAUGAACAUCAAUGAGUUCAGCAUAGCAUGCAAGCUGAUAAAUCUGAAGCUGCGCGGUAUGGAGGUACCCAAAGCACUGCCCCCCACGUUGCUAGCCUCGCUCACCGAUGGUCAGAAAACGCCCACAAUGACGCCACGUGGCUCCACGAGCUCCAUGAGUCCACUCGAUCCGCUAAAGGGCAUUUUGGCUGCCCCAGUUUCACUUCCUGUGGCCGCACCUGUCGCCGUGCCCGUUGCUCCGGUGGCUGUUGUGCCAGCAGCAGCAGCAGCAGUGCUCGUCUCGCCACCGGGAAUACCGGCUGGGCCCACGCCGCCCUCCAGCAAUCCACCUAGCCGCCAUAUGUCCAUUUCGGAACGGGCGCCAUCCAUCGAAUCGCCUCAGGCGGAGUGGGCUGUACAGGCUGGCCAGAAGCGCAAAUACACGCAGGUAUUUAAUGCCAAUGACCGCACCCGUUCUGGCUACUUGACUGGCGCGCAGGCGCGCAGUGUCCUGGUGCAGAGCAAACUACCGCAGGUGACGCUGGCCCAGAUCUGGACGCUCUCGGACGUCGAUGGCGAUGGGCGACUCAGCUGCGAGGAGUUCAUCCUAGCCAUGUUCCUCUGCGAGAAAGCCAUGGCCGGCGAAAAGAUACCUGUCACGCUGCCCUUGGACUGGGUGCCGCCCAACUUGCGCAAGAUGAAAUCGCGUCCGGGUUCGGUUUCGGGUGUGGUCUCGCGACCAGGUUCACAGCCCGCCUCCCGGCAUGCGUCUGUUUCGUCCCAGGGCGGUGUGGCUGCAGGCGAUGCCGACCCACUGGCCGGCUUACCGCAAACUUCAUUCGAGGACAAGCGCAAGGAGAACUAUGUCAAAGGCCAGGCAGAGCUCGACCGCAGGCGAAAGGUCAUUGAGGAUCAGCAGCGCAAGGAGCGUGAGGAACGCGAGCGUAAGGAACGCGAGGAGGCGGACAGGCGCGAGAAGGCUCGCCUCGAGGCGGAGCGCAAGCAGCAGGAGGAAUUGGAGCGCCAGCUACAGCGUCAGCGUGAAAUCGAAAUGGAAAAGGAGGACCAGCGAAAGCGAGAGCUGGAGGCCAAAGAAGCAGCCAGAAAGGAGCUAGAAAAGCAGCGCCAGCAGGAAUGGGAGCAAGCGCGAAUUGCCGAAAUGAAUGCACAGAAGCAACGUGAACAAGAGCGUGUCCUCAAACAGAAGGCACACAACACUCAGCUUAACGUGGAGCUGAGCACGCUAAACGAAAAGAUAAAGGACUUGUCGCAGAGGAUUUGCGACACUCGCGCAGGCGUCACCAAUGUCAAGUCUGUCAUCGAUGGGAUGCGCACGCAGCGGGACACUUCCAUGAGCGAAAUGGCCCAGCUGAAAACGCGCAUCAAGGAGCAGAAUGCCAAACUAAUGCAACUUACCCAGGAGCGGGCCAAAUGGGAUGCUAAGAGCAAGUCUAGUGGUGCUGCCAUGGGCGGUGAGGCGCAGCAGGAGCAGCUAAAUGCAGCCUUUGCCCAUAAGCAGCUGCUGAUAAAUCAGAUCAAAGACAAGGUGGAAAAUAUUGGCAAGGAAAUCGAGUCAAAGAAGGAGGACAUCAACUCGAACGACCUGCAGAUGACGGAGGUAAAAGACGAACUCUCCGCUCUGCUCGCCAAAUGCGAGGAGCUCUAUAAGGAGUACGAUGUGGAGCGCACAUCAGUGUUGGAAUUGAAGUACAAUCGCAAGAACGAGGUGACAGUCACUGCGGCUUGGGACACGGACGCCUCUAGCGGAGGCUGGGGCGAGCCUGACACAGCGGCCACCGCCGACCCGUAUGGUGGCCUAACCAAUGACACUAGCGCUGUUAUAGCACCAGCUGUGGAUCUGAGUGGACCAGCACCAGAGGGUUUCGUUAAAUAUCGCGCCGUCUAUGAAUUCAAUGCCCGCAAUGCCGAGGAGAUAACAUUCGUGCCGGGUGACCUCAUCCUGGUUCCACUCGAGCAGAAUGCCGAGCCGGGCUGGCUGGCUGGGGAGAUCAAUGGCCACACCGGCUGGUUUCCCGAGUCCUAUGUUGAGAAGCUGGAGGAAGAAGAAGGCGUCGCCGCUGUGGCUUCAGCCAUCGAGCCAACGGUGGUCGAAGAGACGGCACCAGCAGCAUCCGUAAAUCCGUAUCCGGCAGAUACUUACAAUGACAAUAUCAAUGUGGCUCCCGCAUUGGACGCUGACCUGGCCUCCGCUGGCUCCGACAUCGAGUACUACAUAGCCGCAUAUCCUUAUGAAUCAGCCGAGGACGGAGACCUGAGCUUUGGAGCCGGUGAAAUGGUGAUGGUUAUCAAGAAAGAGGGCGAAUGGUGGACGGGCACCAUUGGCAAUCGUACCGGCAUGUUCCCCUCGAACUAUGUGCAGAAGGCUGACGUGGGCACAGCGGCGAAUGUUGCGGCAGACGCAGCAGUGACUGACUCGGUCGAUCAGGAGGCUACACUAAACGGCAACUCUGCCUACGCUGCUCAAGCUGAAACAUAUGCGUUGCCACAGCACGAGCAGCUGCAGGAAGAGGUACCACUAACAGAGCAGCUGGAGCAGCAGCAGCCCACAGUCCAGCUGGCAGAGCAGACUGCCGCGGCGGAGGAGGCGCACGAAGACCUAGACACUGAAGUUUCCCAGAUCAAUACACAGUCCAAGACACAAAGCAGCGAACCGGCCGAGAGCUAUAGCCGACCCAUGUCACGCACCUCUUCCAUGACACCCGGCAUGCGGGCCAAACGAUCGGAGAUUGCACAAGUGAUUGCGCCGUACGAAGCAACCAGUACUGAACAGCUUUCGCUGACGCGCGGCCAGCUGAUCAUGAUCCGCAAGAAGACCGACUCUGGCUGGUGGGAGGGAGAACUGCAGGCUAAAGGCAGGCGCAGACAGAUCGGUUGGUUCCCGGCUACCUACGUGAAGGUGCUGCAAGGUGGUCGCAACAGCGGACGCAACACCCCUGUCUCGGGCAGUCGCAUUGAGAUGACAGAACAAAUCUUGGAUAAGGUAAUUUCUCUCUAUCCGUACAAAGCACAAAACGACGAUGAGCUCUCAUUCGAGAAGGACGACAUCAUCAGUGUGUUGGGCCGCGACGAGCCGGAAUGGUGGCGCGGAGAGCUGAACGGCCUCUCCGGUCUGUUUCCCAGCAACUAUGUGGGUCCCUUUGUGACGUCCGGAAACGUAUAACGAGCCAUUGGCUUUGGCCUGUAAGCGGCAUAACGCAUUCGCUUAAACACAAAGAAACAAAUCUACAAACACACACGAUCCCCUGCUGGGAAUCGGCGAUAAUUUUAAGAUCACCACAGAUUAUACAUAAUCAUUAUGCUGCAUAUUCAUACGCCUAAAAGAUGGCUUCACAAUAAUCUAAAAUCUAAAAAUCUGUUUGUAUUCGUCGCUCUUUUGGGCAUGUGUUUGGGGUGUUCUUUAGAUAGACGCUCCGUCAUUGGGUCAAACAUUGCAAUUAGCUAAAAUUCAGCUCUAUCUCUAUUCCUGUCAUGUUCAUAUUCAAUUAAACGAAAGAUACAACCGAAUUCAAGUAAGAAAACUCAUUGUUAAUGAAUAUACUUACACGUAACAUAAUCUGCAUUUGGAAAUCCGAAAAACAUAUUGAUAUCAAAUCACAAUUACAAUUGAAAUUUCGUUGUACUAGGUGUGUGUGUUUAACAAAAAAAAAAACAACAAAAACAAAAACUAAAACGAUUUAAUUAAAGAGUUUUUUUCCCCCCCAAAAAGCUACAACACUUAUGCAUAUACUCGUAGAACGUAUAUAACGAUGGUUUUCUGUGUUUUCCAAUAAUAUCCGUAUUUAAUUGUACAUAUACAUAUAUUUGCUGUAAAAGUAAUGCGAGAGAAAGAGCAAACCAAGAGGUAAUACCCAGCAAAAAUAGGUGGAAAAUAAUUAUUGUUAACUAAAUAUUAAGCAUUGAUGACCGACCAUUCAUUCUCUUGUACUCGUACUCGUACCGUAUCGAAAGGAAAACUAUGGAAAUAUUAAAGGUAAUGGCGUAGGGGACGAGGAAGGUAGGGAAAAUCGAGUAGCCGAGGCUUACGGGCAACAGUAUUGAUAAUAUUAAUGAGAUAUGAUAUGUUUAAAGAAAGGCCUAUCCUAUGUUUAUGUUUGAUGUGUAAUCUAGCUGAUUUUUAUUUCUAAUUUAAGCGCUUCUAUCAACUGCCAUAAUUGUAUUUAUUUACUGUCUAUUGUCUAAUUGAUAAAUGUUGAAAUUGUUUGCCGCUAAUGCUGGAAGUACGAGUAUCUGUAGUGUCAGAUAAGGACCGUACCGUACCGGACCGGUCCGGAUGGGAUGUAUAAAUUGAGUAUGUACAAAAGCCUAUAUAGAGAAAUUGAUACAUACAUACAUACGUAUUACAACAAGCCGGUAUAUAGAGCAAUGUUACGCUGUUCGAAUCUGUUUAAUGCUAGUUACAAUUAGUCUCUAUAUCACACACACACAAACCAAACAUAUAUCUAUGCUAUCUCAUACUUGCAUACAUGUGAUGUAAUGAUGAUGAAGCACUGUCGAAUGCCUUUCAAAAAGAUAUCCAAAAAAUCACCUUACAUGGAUUAAUCUUAAUCGUAACUUGUUAUUGCAUACAACAAAACUAUUUAUGCGCCUAUAGCUCUAUUAAAAAAAAACAAAAAAGUAAUGAAAAAAACAAAAAGCAAACGUUAUCAGUCCAUAGACGGCCGAUCAGCAGACGGACAACCAAGGGGUUCACGAUGCACGAUCCACUGAUCGGCGGUUCUUUUGGGCAAAAUUCUAUUGCAUACAAAAAACAUAAACAUAAAAAACAUAAACGUAUUUAUGUAGCUAAUGUUGGGUUGAUUAUUGAUUCUACACUACAUAUACGAGCAUAUGUACGAGUACUAAUAAAUUUAAAUGAACCACAAAACUAAGCAUAUACAUACAUACAUACUAUAUAUAUAUACUACUAUAUAUAGAGCAAGUACAUACUACAAUUUCUUUAGAACGAAA